UCUCAGCGUGUCCCUCAGCUCGCCGCUCACGAAAAGAACUUCUUUUCUCUUUAAAUGAAUGCUUCUGCAUAAUUUCUAGAUUUGCCGAUUUUUCACGGUUUCUCAGGGAUUUGUGCCUCAGUAUGGACUGCUUAGAAAAUGAAUACAUGGACAAUAAAAGACAGUGUCACCCAUGCAGGACCUGUGGACCUGGACUAGAGCUGUCCAAGGAGUGCGGAUAUGGCAUAGGGGGUGGUGCUACAUGUGUGAGCUGCCAGCCAAGGCGCUACAAGGAAGGCUCAGGAUAUCAUGGUUGUAAACCUUGCCUGUCCUGUGUGCUUAUCAACCGAGUUCAGAGGAGCAACUGCAGUGCCACAAGCAAUGCUCUUUGUGGAGAGUGCCUGCCAGGCUUUUACAGCAAAACCAGGAUUGGGGGGCUGCAGGAUUUGGAAUGCAUCCCUUGCACGGCAAUGACCUUGUCCAACAGCACACCGCAGUGUGGCGGAGGUGCUCACAAGGUGACAUCUGGGCAGACAGCAGCACCUCAGCUGGACAUGGCGCGGUGGUGGCAUUGA